AUGGGAGGCAGAGAGGAGGUAGUGAUGAGCAUGCCGUUUCAAAGAGCCAGACUUAACCGCUUGAGACUCCGUCCAGGUCCAACCAACAUCCGCAGACUCAAGCCUGCAUCCCUCAAGAAGAAGAGCAGAGAUCCCAGCCCCACCGAGAUGAGCGUGGAGCCAUGGCCAAGCCCUCCGGACCAGGCAGCCGCUGAGAAAAACCAGGGCACUCUCCACAGCACGGCCUCUUCCUCAUCCUCUGAGGACCUCCUGGACCAACGCCCCGAUAAACUCUGCUUGGACGCCUUCUGGACCGAGGUGGAGACCAUUAGACAGGGCAGCAGCGAAGCGGACAUUGACUGCACAAGGAGAGACUCCAGACAGUCCGAAGACGGUGAGCAGGAAGAGCAGUGGUUGGCCGACGCUGGCUUGUCCACUCUGAUCAGUGAAGACAGCGAGGAGGGUGAGGAUGUGGACAAGGCCGCGCUGUUGUCCACCCUGACCAGGACCCAAGCCGAGGCCGUGCAGCGUCGAAUAGAUUCCUACACUCUGUCACUGCGCAAAAGGAACAAGCCCCCGCCCCGGGACGUGCGGGACAUCUUCAACACCCCCUUAUCCCAGUCUCUUCGGCCUGAGUCUAAACGCUCUGACGACAUGGCAUCUGUCAACAAAUCUCCCCGUGCAGCUAUGACUUUAGACCAGCGCGGAGGACCAAAGGAUGAGAUUUUUAUCACCGAUGUGGCUUACUGUGAACAAGCAGUCAUCCUAAUCAAACAGGCCAAGCUCCCACAGACGGCCUAUCAGCGGCGAAAAGAGGACGGAACACUGCCUAGAGUGGUCUGCCCCAAGUGCCGGCUCGGAGUGACACGGAUCCAGGACUUGUCCCAGACCGACAUGAAGAAAGUGAGGCAGUUGGCUCUUAUCGACAUGACGGCACUGAGCGACCUGUUAGAGCUGGAGGUCAAGAGGAACAAAAGUGGGAGGAGAAAAAAUACAGAGAGCACUCUUUUUGGACUUCCGUUGGCGACGCUGCUGGAGAAUGACCAGAAAGUGAAGCCACACACCUCCAUUCCUCUGUUUAUGCAGGCACUGCUGUCGUUUCUGGAGAAAGAAGGCUUGGACUCAGAGGGGAUUCUGCGAGUCCCUGGCUCUCAAUCCAGAAUAAAGAGCCUUCAGCAGAGUCUGGAGAGCACUUUUUACUCGGGUCAGUUCAGUUGGGAUGAAGUGAGCGCCAACGACGCCGCCGCCCUCCUGAAAAAGUUUAUCCGUGAACUUCCUGCUCCACUGCUCACACCGGAGUACCUCAACACAUUCAGCGCUGUUAGAGACAUCGCAGACCUGAAACAGAAGCUCCACAUGCUGAACUUACUGGUGCUGCUGCUGCCUGAACCCAAUAGGAACACGCUGAAGGCUCUGCUGGAGUUCCUGUGCAAAGUGGUAUCGAGGGAAAAGAAGAACCGGAUGAACCUUUGGGCUGUAGCCACCAUCAUGGCUCCAAACCUCUUCCUCCACAAAGCGGUGCCCAGUAAACUGACCGAGGGCUCGGAGAAGGGCCAGGCUGAGAAGGCGGCCGAUGUGAUGCGGCUGCUGAUCCGGUACCAGGACCUGCUCUGGACGGUCCCAAACUUCCUCUUGAGCCAGGUGCGCAGGCUGAACGAGAACACCAGCCGUCGAUACCAGUUUUACGACCGGCGCAUCAAGAACCUGCUGCGGAAGAUCCACACGGACAGCCGCGAGAAACCAGAGAAGAACGUGCCUGAGAUGUGCCGCACGGUGAAGAUCCAGGUCGGAGACACACAGACCAGCUCCAUGGAAAUUCAUCUCAACAUAAACUCUCGGAGCUCUGACAUCUUGACUCAGUUUCAGCGCCAGUGUCUCCGCAGCCCUGAAAACGGAAAGGGGAAAAUGAGAAGAAAUGGUUCAGUGGCCUAUCCUGACUGCGCGCUGUACGAAGUGGGAGGUAACAUCGGAGAGCACUGCCUGGAUCCGGACACCCACCUCCAGGACCUUUACAACAGUAACCCGGGCGGGGAGUGGGUCAUACGACUGAAGCCCAAACUCGGAGGCUGGGAGCUGACUCGAAUCAUUACUUCCAACAUUGAACCUGCUGCAGAGAAAAGCAAUCGUGGCAGCCAUUACGGAGCAGAUGGGGCCGAGUGGAGCACCUCUGGGCGAAAAAAGACGAGUUCCACCCCCACCAGGCCUCGCUCCGCUCCACAAACCACACAGCGCCAUGUGUUCGCCUCCUACGCACUUUGCUUUCAGAAACUAGACUCUCCACGUCAGGGCGAGUGGUGCGGGAGGGACGUCAUGAACCGAUAG